UUAUUAUUUGCAAUAUUUUGUUUGCAAAGAAAUUUUAUUUUACAUACUUGUUUCUUUCUCUCUCCUGUUUAUUUAUCUACCAAAAGUCAGCCGACCUAAACAUCGACGAUUUAGUUGUAAUAAACUACAUAUGCCGAUCAUAAAAAAAGAAUUAUUUAUAUGAAACAAAUGUUAUAUGUCAGCAAUCUGUGAGGACGCCUUAAGGGAUUGGCACAGGAAGGAAGGAAAGAAGGAUAAAGUGUACCGUGGAUAAGAGAAUUCGCGAACGAAGCACGUGAAAUCGGAUUCAGCUGACGAGUCUCGCAGCUUUUACGGGCGGUGGUCCAAACUUCGAACGUCCAGGGUCCAAGCUGUUAUGGACAUGGUGAUCUCGAAUUUACAACAGCAGCGUCAAGUGACGGAACAGCUGCGCCGUGAGGCCGCUCUCAAACGGAUCACUGUGAGCAAGGCUGUGGAGGAUAUGAUGAAGUACAUUACUGAACAUGAACAGGAAGACUGCCUGCUCGUAGGCUUCUCAUCGCAGAAGUCCAAUCCCUUUCGUGAGAAAAGCACGUGCGUUGUCCUUUAAACCCACGUGCUUGCAAUGAAAAAGGUCCUGGCUUGACACGCGAGAAUGUUUUGAACUUUCAUUUCACUUUUAAUUGCGUGUCAGUUCUAUGUAACGAUAAGCGUAUUUGCUAAUGUAUUUCUUUUUUAUUAAGUAGGAUAUAAGUAAUUUUCUUAUUAAAUUAUUCUAUAAUUAUGAGCAAAGGACAAAAAAGUAAGGAUAUUUGUCACUUUCUGCUGGUUUUAUGUCCUGAAACUUGCUAACAAGAGGAAUGUGCAUUUUAUGUUUCCUAAAUUUACAAAGCUUCUAAAGUCAUUAUUGGAAGUUAUAGAGAAUCUUGCAUAAGUUAUGAAGUUUAUACAUCUAUCUAGCUAAUAUGAUCAUAUUCAGUCUGGUUAAAACUAUUACAAUUUUAACAUAUAUUCAAAUGGAGUAAUGUAUUUUUAUAUACAUAUAUAUACAUAUGAAGGAAGCUACUUUAUUUAUUUUAUAUAUUCAUGUGCCUAAUUGUCAAAAUAGUGUCUGGUUGCCAAAAAUAGACUCCAUAUCCAAAUUAAUAUUAUUAUUUAUUAAACAUGAUGAAAA